UCACUCAUUCAGUAGCAGACUGACAGAUAUUGUCAUAGAAAAUUGUUCGUAAUUUUAUACGAAAUAUAUUAUUUUGUAAAUAAUCCCUUAUUUUACAUAGAAAAUAAUGUCGGAAAACAAGGAAUUGGCUAAAACGAACGUGGAUCCUGAAUUGGACGACUUAUUGGACAGUGCCCUACAAGACAUGACAAAGAAAGACCAGCCGGCAGCUGAGGGCUCCAGCGAGGCACCACAGAACAUGUGGAGCGAGGAGUUCAUCAAGGAGGCGGCCGCACAGUUUGAGAGCAACAUGUCUGCCAUACUCAGCAGCUUCAGCGGAGUGCCCGAGGACCAAAUAACGCAGGAACAGAUAGCGCACACAUUCACAAAAAUGGCAGAAGCGGCCGCACACGUUCUGAAGCCGGAGGGAGCAGUCGACGAGUCCGGUCCCACGCCUACGCCCACGUCUGCGCCUGCGAUCGACGGCGAGAAAGUCGAUGAGGUAUCCGCGGCCAUAUCGGAGACCCUGAAGAACCUGAACAGCAACAGCGAGACCCUACAGACUCCCUUCUCCGACGACGACCUAGCCAACAUGUUCAACAACAUCAAUUUGGGAGAAGGACAGCAAGACGGCAACAUGUUCGUUCCGUUCAUGCAGGGCAUGAUGCAGUCCUUGCUGUCCAAGGAGGUGUUGUACCCGUCUCUCAAGGAGCUGGUGGACAAGUACCCAGCCUGGAUCGAGGAGAACAAGGGCAAGUUGGAACAGGCCGAGUUAGAAAGGUUUGAGAAGCAGCAGAAGCUAAUGAUAUCUGUAUGCAACGAGCUGGAGCCUGAACAGGAGUCAGACCCUGAGGAUGUCAAGAGGAAACGAUUCGAGACUGUUCUAGAAUUAAUGCAGAAGCUGCAGGACCUGGGCCAGCCCCCCACGGAGCUGGUGGGGGACAUGGCGGCCCCCCCCUCAGGCUUCGCGCCCCCCCCCGACGCCGCGCAGUGCAGCCUCAUGUAACUCAGCAGCAGCUGCUGGCAUUGCACGAGGAUAUUGAACAUUUGAGGGUACUUGGACAUUAGAAUGUAUUGAGAAUUUUUGCGCAAUAUUGUGACUUGUGACUAGGGGAGCGUUUAAUUAUUAUGAAACGCAAUUUAAGGGGGUUUUUAAAUAUUGGCACUUGACUAAGGGAGUGUUGAAGUAUUUUGUAACGCAAUUUCUGGGGGUUUCUUAAAUGUGGGUGCUUUUCAAAGACAGGUGUUUAUACAACGCGUUACCUUACUUUUUCUAUUCAAAUAUAAGACUAUUAAUUUAGAAUCUUGCAAAACCCUUUUCGCCUAAGUUUUACGGGGAAAAUGUAAAAUGUUACGUCACUUUUAGGGGAAGGAGGAGAGAGGAUAUCUUGUCUAGCCUUUAAAAAUUAAGUUACGCAAUACUUGAACACUCCCUAAAUGUUUGCGCAAUGUUUGAGAAUGCAGUUUUUUAUUCACUAUAAGGUUAAUAUCAAAGAUCGUGCAA